AUAAUUUCGUCAUCAGUCGCAUCAAACUUUGCAGAUUACAAUUGCAGUUGUGUAUAGAAGCCCGGGAGCCUAUGCAAAGGUGUUUGGUUAUGGAAUACUUUAACCUCCCGGAGGUUUUCUGGGCAGAUCUUUCUUGCACUUCAGCGUCAGACUCAUUCGGCCCUGAUCUACGGGAGCUUGCGUUACAGCUCAUUCAUGUCGGCAGCUCGAAGAGUGGUCGUCACUGGUCUCGGUGUCUGCUCCCCUAUCGGUCUUUCAGUGGAACGAUUUUGGAAAAAUUUAUUGGAAGGAGUCAGCGGAAUUUCUUCUACUCCAGACGAUUUUGCGUUUCUCCCCUCCAGAGUUUGUGGGUCUAUAUCCGAAGAUCAGCUUAAUGCCUUAAUGGAAGAGACGAAAUCCUACCUUGACGAGCAUCAGUGCAGUGUCGAUUGGCGCACCUUAUCUCGUGGUAGUGCCCUAGCCAUUUGUGCUGCCAAGCAAGCGCUUACACAAGCUGGUUGGAAACCCUCUUUCGAUUCGCAUUCGCGAUAUGUCGGUAAUCGUGCAGGUGUGCACUUCGGUGUUGGAAUGGAAGGCGUGAACGAAGUGGCUCAAACAAGUGGAGCCAUUAACGCACGUCGGUACAAAGGCAUUGGCCCAUAUGCGCUCACUCGGAGCUUGGGGAACAUGCCAGCUGGAGCCAUUAGCCGUCUAUGGGGAUUGCGUGGGCCAUGUUUGUCGGUGAAUGCUGCCUGUGCAACCGGGUUGCAUUCUAUUGGGGAUGCAUACAGAAUGAUUCAACACGGUGAGGCUGAGCUCAUGCUUGCCGGUGCCUGCGAGGCCGUUAUCGUACCCUGGGCCUUGGCUGCUUUUUCGCGCAUCCGAGCUCUUUGUACUCAGUUCAACGAGGCACCUGCUGAAGCCUCUCGCCCUUUCGAUGUACGACAUGAUGGCUUUGUCAUGUCAGAAGGGGCAGGUGCCAUUGUCCUCCAAGCGUGGCCCCCGACUCCGGAAGUCGCUGCUCUGUGUGAACGCUCGUCGUCCCCGAUCGCAGAGAUUAUAGGGUUCGGCCGAGCAGGUGAUGCAUACACCCUUGUAUCACCCGACCCGACCGGAGAUGGGGCAUACAGGAGCAUGCGGGCCGCCUUGUUAGAUGCAAAGAUAAGCACGAUAGAUCAAGUCGAUCACAUCAAUUGCCACGCAACGUCAACACCCCUAGGUGACGCUAUCGAACUGGCAGCUGUUUCGCGCCUUAUGGUGGAUUUUUCGGAGCAACACAGAGCUGACACGCGUCCCCCUAUCGUGGUGAAUUCAAUCAAAGGUCAUCUUGGUCACCUUCUUGGUGGUGCUGGUGCGGUAGAGUCCGUGUACUCUGUUCUGUCUGUAAACCGCGGAAUGAUGGCGGGAAACCUAAAUCUGCACCAGCCGAUUGGAUCCACAGAGGUUGAAAAAGUCCUAACGUGCAAUGAACGUCACGCUGGUACACCGGAGAGGACGAAUCUCAACAAAUACCUGGACGCACUUGAGCGUCAAGUUGUUCUACCUAGACAUGGAACAUUAGCGAUUCCAUACACUGAUCGGACGGUUUCACAUGAAUGUCGUGUCGUUCUGAGCAAUUCUUUCGGAUUUGGUGGCACUAACGGCUCAUUGGUUUUUGCAGAAUGGAUAGAAUAAUGAUGAAUCCCUCUGAUCAAGCGCUUAUUUUCACUGCAUUGUCUAUUUUUUCCCCUUCUUGGUUCCAAACUCUUUUCAUACAUUCGCUAAUUUUUUGUAUAAUAUACUUAUGGAUUUUUAAGCGUUUCAAUUGGUCAGUCCUGUGCAUUUUCCGUUAUACGUGGUAGUAUUUUACCUAAACUGCUAUAUUUUCUCUUUCUAUAUUUAUCCCUAGCUCUUGUUCGAAAUCAGUAUCCAUACAAACCCAUCUGUCUACAACGAUACUGUUCAGGUCUAAUAUUCUUUCGAUUAGGUGCGCC